UAAUGAAGCAAAAAAAUAAGCAGACAAUCGCUUAAAGCCAAACAAAGGAAGAAAAACAAAAGCCUGACAAAGCAGAGGUCAACGAAAGACGCCAAAAACAGACGGUUGCUGCCAAAACAAAACCGGACUCGAUAGAACGCAACUCCUCAGUCGCUGAGGCAGUCUCGCUACGGCAAUAUCUACCAACUCCGAAGGACGACGUCAUCCUCCAGGGGACAGACUGUUGGCGUCCGUGUCCGUGUCGCAAACGUUGACGUCGUUAGAGUUGUUAACCAGGAACAAUAAUUGAUAUGGAAGUGUCAGGAUCCAGACCAGUAAGGAGGCCCAGAAGUUUUUGGAAAUGGUCAUAGAUGAAGAUAUAGACAUGAUAGAUCUUCAGGCAAAGUGCUCGAGACAAACAAUGGGAGAGAACUCAUUUUACAUUUAACCCUUCAAAGGGAAAUCUCAACUUAUAAAGGAUGAAGAUGCAUCUGCAUGCAUCGAUUUUUGCUAUCUAGAGUUUACAGUAGCCGUUGUCAAGCUUGUAAAAGAGGAAUCACAACAACUCUAAAAGUAUGGGAAGAAAUAAAAAGAUUUUGCCCUUCAAGCAAAAAUUAUCAGCUAAUAUCUCCAGAGACAAGUCUCUUCAUUAGUACAAGGCAUCAUCCCCCAUUUUUUGAUAGGGUUGAUUCCACAGAGACUUCAGUUUCAGAGAUACCAGCUUCUGCAAGUUACAAAGUGAUCAUCAUGGAUCCUGCAGUCAAGAAUGUGAAUGAAAAGAAGGCAAAACGUGUUCGGAAGUUUUCGUCUCCACUCCGUCCGUCAUGUUCAAAAAAGAAGGCUAAAGGUUGCGCCGGUGAAAUUUCUUCUUCUGCUGAGCCCCUUUUAAUUUGUUUAGAUGACAUACCUUUACCUUCAAACUCCCAAACAGUGGCCAAAAGCACAAUUCCAUCGUUUGACUUCAUUCCUCUGCCAGCAAGUCCCCCUCCCCUUCCACCCCCAUUGCCAACCCCGCCUCCUCCUCCAGAUCAUUCAGAAAUGGAUGAAAUCUUAGAGGAUUUUUUUGUUAUUGAUGCUACAGCAUCAGGGACUUUGUUUCCAAUUCCGCUGCCUCCCAGCUACGUGUUGAAUAGACAUGAGGACCCGAGAGCAGCUAGCAGAACUUCAGGCAAUGCAACUGACUCUCCUGGUGAGGUUAUUGAACCUGAUGAGGUUUCGGUGGUUUGUAAUAGUGACUGUCUUUUACCUGACCAGUUUAAAAAUAUUAAUCUAGUUGAUAUUAGUAAAGAGUCAGAACAAAGUCCAGGGAAGUCAGCAGAUACCAGCCAAGUAGACAUUGUUUUUGAGGGGCACUGGCCUUGGGUGGUCAAGUCAACAGUAGAACCACUCAAGAGAAAGAAGCAACAGCUUUUACGUGGUAAGAAAAGUCCAAUCGAGCAACAAGUUAGAAAUUGCCACCACAAUGCAAAUCGUGGCUUAAAGCCUUUGGAGAAGAGUCCAGAGCCAGAAAUAGUGUCGCCUGUAAAUACGUCGCAGCCAGACAUCAUCACACUAGACCCUACUACAAGUUCCCUUUUGGACAGAAUGAAUCCUGAGUUUAUAAGGUUCAAUGUAAGCCAGGAUGUGAGUUUAGAAGAUGCUGAUAUCAUUACCCUAGACUCUCCAACAAAAAAAGAGAGAAAGUCAAAAAAGCUGAAGAAAAAGGCAAGGAAAGAAAAGAACAAACUUUUGGGGAGUAAGUUGGAUGAUGAAAUAGCGGACCACUUGAAGGUUUUACGCCAGCAAGCAAGCUCAAGCUCCCAGAAUAUGAAUGUAGUAGAUCCAGAUAUUGUGGACAUUGAUGAUGACAGUCAUCCCAUCAGUUACUGUACGAAAGGUAACAACCAAGUGAAUGUGGAAGUAGUUGAUAUAGAUGAUUCCGAUGAUGAAGUUAUAAAUACACCUUCCCUUUUGCCUCAACAGAAUUUGAACAUUGCAGAUGCAGGUGACAGUGAUAAGGAAUCUGUCACCUCUAAUUCCAACCAGGGUGGACAGGGGGUUGAUAUUAGUACAGAUGAAUUUAUUGCUCUUGGAAAAGCAAGACUCCAGUCCCUGGAGAACUCAGAAAUUGACUUGGACGACGAAGUCUUAGAACAAAGAUCUCAUCUAGAGGCACUGAGAAAGUGGCACACAACACGGUUGGGGGAGGAGGUUUUCAUCCACCACAGAGUGAGGAGGAGUGACACAGUCUUCACUCUGUUGUCUUACAAUGUCUUGGCGCAGCAACUUUUGACGGAUAAUAAAUUUCUGUAUAGUGAAUGUCAUCCGAGUCAUCUUGAGUGGAAGUACAGAUGGGCUCUGCUUCAGUAUGAGAUACAAGAUUUAGACCCUGAUAUAAUACUGUUUCAGGAAGUCCAGGCUUCUCAUUAUUACAGUCAUUUUCUCCCGUGGUUGACUUUCAAAGGUUAUAAUGGUGUGUACAAAAAACGAACGGGUGACAAGUGUGACGGUUGUGCAAUAUUUUUCAAGACUAACAAAUUCUCCUUAGUCGAAUCUUGCUCAGUAGAGUAUCUGCAGCCAAGAGCUAGAAAGGUCCUUGACAGAGACAAUAUAGGACUUGUAGCAAAACUGGCAUCUGUUACCUCUCCUGAAUCACAGGUUUGUGUUGCUACAACCCACUUCUUGUACAAUCCAAAGAGACACGACGUGAAAUUGGCCCAGGCAAUUUUGCUCCUAACUGAGCUGGAUCGCAUUUGUUACAGAGGGGAGAAGAAUGGGGUGACCGAUUACUGUCCCUUAAUUAUAACGGGAGACUUCAACUCUGAACCUCAUUCAGCUCUGUUAGAUCUUUUUAAAGAAGGUCGUUUACGUUACGAAGGCCUGUCGUCGCGUACUUUGAAUCAGCACGGAACUGCUCCUUAUUUAGAGGCAGAACUUAUUCCUCGCUGUUUGGGUAUUACUGAUAGAUGCCAGCAUUCAGUGCUUGCUCAGAGCAGGUUCCUCGAAAACAGAUCGGGACAGUUGUUUUCACUCGCUGAUAAGAGAAAAAUUGAGGAAUCUCUGAUUCGCUUGGAAAAUUCUAGCCGUGUCCAUCAGAGACUUACUGGUGCUGGAGGCGGAAGUCUCGGGCCAGUGCCAACUGGAUGGUAUUCUCAUAGCUUUCAUUUUAACUCAGUUUACCGUCAUUACACCAAAAGAGCAGUAGAAGCUACGACAUUUCACAACAAAUGGACCUCCGUUGAUUAUGUGUUGUAUUCCAGGAUUUAUUCUCAAAACCGCGGACAAGCAAUUGAAGGAGCUCUGAAGCUUUUAGCAAGGUAUGGUCUAUUGACGGGACAAGAAGCUAAAAGAUUUGCCCCGUUGCCCUCAGCUGUCUGUCCAUCUGAUCAUUUUCCCUUAGCAGCUCAGUUUCUCUUACAAGGGAAAUAAACAUGUUCUCAGCAGGUUUAUAGUAUACAAUUGAGUGGGGCUGUGAUAUUUAUUGCACUUGUUUGAAGGGCUCAUAAUAUUAUGAGAGUACUACCAGUAUCUAAUAAAUAUAGUACUACAUAGUGAAUUUUGUAGAAAUACUGUACACAAUGAAUAGUAAUGGGAUUACUUUAUGUAAUGCUGUACUGUAUAUAAUGUUUGUUUGAAGAGUAACUGGAGCUUUGUGGUGUUUACAUACUUCUAUUAAACUGAUGAAGUGUCUAACCCACAGGGCUUGAUUGUAUAGUAGUAAUUUAUGAAAACAAAUGCACUUUAGCACUAGGUAUAGAUCUGUAGACUAGAUUAAUUGUUUGUAAAUAUCAAGAUCAUUAUGAUAUUUUGUACUAUACAUUUAUCUUUCAUAAAUAUGAAGUUAGGUCUCCUCUGUCAUUAUCCAUCUUGGCUUUGUCAGGUUUCAUUGAAGUUUCCAAUUCUGGCUUGACUUCAAGUGCAUCACAUUUAGUGCUUACUUAGAUAUUAUUCACUUUAGGUGGCUACUGUGAUGCUUUUUCGUACUAUUUACUUUUUAAUUGGGUCCUCCCCAGACUAGAUACUUUUUAAUUGGGUCCUCCCCAGACUAGAUGUGUGUCUUGUUACAGAGGACGCUGUGCACGCUGAAGGUUUUUAAUUAAAUCUUCAAUGUAUGACACCAUUUUAUGUCACUGUUGUAUGAAGUGGGCCACAGCUUAGCCAUUGUUAAUUUACUAACCAUAAAAUUCUGCAGCAAGGAAAUUUCCAAGUACGCACCGGAAGUUUUUUAACUUUGAGAGCAGUGAGGCUGGAAAUGAGAAGACAAUUACCUACUUCUAAGUGACAUCAAGAAUGGUACAACAUACUGCAUUGCAUUCAUCAGUGAUACACUUUUAUUAAUGUAAAUUCACACACACACAGAGUUACGCAUUAAGCUGCAUGGUUUGGUUAACUGUCUGACAAUAUACUUGUCUACUGUAUUAAAAGGAAUAUGUGAAGCUAGAUUUUACAAAGUAGUAUUGUCGCACACCAAAAGCUUCCUUAGAUCCCUGUACCAUUUUGUGAUAAGGACAUUGAUUGAAAAGGAGAUAAGAAGUCGGUAUAUAAGUGUAAUGGGGUAUCAAAAUUUUAAUCUUUAAUAAACAUUCAACUUUUUGUAGUAUGCUCAUAACUAAAGUCAGAUUUCCAUUGUAUGUCAUCAGUAACCCUGGGAUACCUUUUUUAAGUGAACCUGUAUGAGCUUAUAUGGAUGAAUUUGUUAUUGGGCUGCCCUUGCUUAUAGGUACACUAUUUGUAAUAAGUCUAGGUAAGUUUUUUCCUCAUUUAUAUUUUUAUGAUGAAUUGUUUCAAGUAAUGGAAAAUUCUCCUCCGAAAAGUUGGAUUAUUUUUAUUUUUUUUUUUU